CCUGAGUUAACUUAAUCCCUCACAACUCACAAGGCACGACGGGAAAAAGAAGACAAAAGGCGUUACAAGCGGGGCGUCACGACUCACGCAACCAAAGUUGCAGAAAGAAGGUUCUGUGCAUCCGGAAUCUCGAAACGGCGGCGUCGUUAGUGGGCUUUCUAUAUCUGAAGUGAUGGCCGAGGAAAAAGCUAUGGCGAACAGAGAUAGAGAUCGAGAGCUUCUUAUCCCCGUCGGUGAUUCCGGCGAUGAAGGCGCCUCCUCCAAGCCAUCACCGUCUUCCUCCUCCUCCUCUUCUGUGCAUCAUGCUGGUCGCGAGACUUUUUACAAAGUUGUUAGGAGCUGGGCUUCAAAAAAGUUCAUGACUGGAUGUGUCAUUCUUUUUCCAAUUGCAAUCACCUUUUACAUAACAUGGUGGUUUAUUCAUUUUGUGGAUGGGUUUUUCUCUCCAAUCUAUGCUCAACUUGGCAUUAAUAUUUUCGGUCUUGGAUUUGUAACGUCAAUAACUUUCAUCUUCUUGAUUGGGGUUUUCAUGUCAUCAUGGUUGGGUGCAUCUGUCCUGGGACUCGGGGAGUGGUUUAUCAAGCGAAUGCCCCUAGUUCGUCAUAUCUAUAAUGCCUCCAAGCAGAUUAGCGCUGCUAUCUCACCAGAUCAAAAUACGCAAGCUUUCAAGGAAGUAGCCAUUAUUCGGCAUCCACGUAUUGGUGAAUAUGCAUUUGGAUUUAUCACCUCAUCAGUCGUCCUUCAGAAUUAUGCUGGAGAUGAGGAGCUAUGCUGUGUCUAUGUUCCAACAAACCAUCUUUAUAUUGGUGACAUAUUUCUUAUCAACACCAGGGAUGUCAUUAGACCAAACUUAUCAGUCCGGGAAGGGAUCGAGAUUGUCGUUUCUGGAGGCAUGUCCAUGCCGCAAAUCCUAUCAACCCUGGAUUCUCGUGUUCCUUUGGAUUCAAGUAGACAUGAGAUAAGAUGACGAGGCUAAUGGGCAUUAUAGUUUGCUCUUUUAGGAGCUUAUGAGGUUCUGAUGGCAUAUGUAAUAUUUUUUUUUCUGUGUAUUAAGGUGUAAAAGUUAGUUUGUUUGAAAUAUAGUUUUGAUAAUUCCAGGCGCAGAGGAUUCUAGUUUUUUGUUCGAGUCUCAAAUAACUUUAGUUGUGCAUAUCAUGGGUUGCUUUUACAAUUUACACCUAAUCGGUGAAAUAAUUAUGAUAAAAAGUUAUUUAUUAAAAUAGUUAUGUUUUUAA